GAUGACAAUGAAGCUUUUACUCUCUGUGGCUUUAUCAGUCUGUGCCAUAGUUCUGGGUGAUUCUCAGUCCUGUUCGAACGAAGGCGCCAAAGUCUCAGACUAUUGCGGUGAUACAUGCUACUGCAUUGGUGGUCAAAUUCAAAACUGCUGCCGAGUGCGAAAGGAGUUUACUUCUAUGACGGAAGCCGAGCGGAUACUGUACGUCAACACCGUUUGGAAAGCUUCAACCGAUCUUCAAUUUCAAAAUGAGUACCAGAAACUUAUAUCCAUGCACCAAAGAUUGUUUCCAACAGGAAUUCAUCAAAAGGAUCAGUUUCUACCAUGGCAUCGUUGGUACAUUCUUCAAUAUGAAAACCUGUUGCGCCGAGUCGAUUGCCGAGUAACCGUGCCUUAUUGGGACUGGAGUAUUGUCUCCAUGACACCCUGGCACACAGACAAAACAAGAGUUUGGUAUAGCGGACCCUCUGGAUUGGGAGGCAAUGGCAUUACACCAUCACGCUGUGUUCAAGAUGGAGUCUUCGGUCAAGACUCAUGGACGAAGACAAACGGGGGUUGCAUCACCAGAGAUUUCAAUGGUUUUACACCUGACAUCAUUGCUGUCUACUUGACUCUGCUUCAUCCUCCCACCGCUGAUGGCUUCAACAUUUUCGAAAGGGAUCUUCGAAUUAACCUCCACGAUACAGUUCACUGUAGGAUAGGCGGUGACAUGUGUCUUGUCACCUCAGCUGAAGCUCCCGAGUUUUUCCUUCAUCAUGGCUUUAUCGACAAGAUCUGGUCAGAUUGGCAAGAAAAAAGCAGAGAUCAUUUGACAGCCCACUUUUGUAAUAUAACGAACCCAAUGAUUGGAACAGGAUACCGACCUGGAGAUUUUCUCGACAACUCAAAUCUUCCCGAUGUUGAAAGGCCAGGGUGGCCAACCUGUGUUUUAUACGACGACCCAACAAAUCCUGUCUACCGGCAGGUCAUGCAGCGUCUUCAAGGAAUGACACGCGAGCAAAUUCUUGAAAUCCCUCGGCACUCGUUUAAGCCUCUUACUGGUCGCCAAAUGAGGUUUUUCCAUAUCAGCCCACAGGAGCAAAACCAAGCCAGACAAGAUCUGCGAGAAUUGGAACCGCGCCACCAGCUUAGGGGGGAGGCUGGACUUACCGGAAUGGACAGGAACAUCGGUUUCAAGAUGGAGUCUCUUUCCGCGACCUUUGGAAAGAAGCGCUCAAUUAUUAAAAAUAAGUAA